AUGACAUCAAACCUUCUCAAACUAAACCAAGAAAAGACCGAGCUAAUAAUCUUCACCACAAAGCAACACCAGAAGUAUCUGCCAACAUUACAACUAAAAGUUGGUGAUAAUAUCAUUGAAAGCGUGCCAUGUGUAAAAAAUCUAGGUGCAUUUUUCGAUCAACUCCUUACUAUGGAAAAACAGGUAUCCUCGGUCGUCAAGUCAUGCAAUUUCCAAAUAAGCAAUAUUGGACGAAUACGGCGCUUUCUUACAAAAGAAGCCUGCAAGACCAUGGUGAAUGUCGUUAUCACUGCCAGACUGGACUAUGGGAACUGCCUUCUAUAUGGAGUAUCAAAGGCCUUACUAGACCGGAUUCAAAAAGUCCAGAACAUGGCAGCUCGUUUAGUUACAGGAUAA